AUGCUUUCGAGCAUAUUAGUUGCAUUAUGCGUGUCUGCUCAUCAGAGUGGUUAUGGCCAGUGUGGAGGUAAAGGAUGGAGAGGAGCCACGGCUUGUGCUUCUGGAUACACUUGUACUCGUAGCAGCGUAUACUUCUCUCAUUGUCUACCUACUACCGGUGUGAAUAUCGCGGGAUUCGAUUUUGGUUGUGGAACAGAUGGGAGCGAUACUAUCGCAGAUGCUGCUCCACCCCUCGCAUCUCUCGGUGGAGCCGAUGGCGCUGCACAGAUGUCACAUUUCGUCAAGGACGACAACCUCAACAUCUUCCGAUUGCCAGUCGGCUGGCAAUAUCUGGUUGGCGGCACGCUUGGAGGACCAUUGGAUUCUGCAAACUUUGCAAAAUACGAUCAGCUUGUUCAGGCAUGCCUAGCUACUGGUGCAUCUUGCAUCAUCGAUAUUCACAACUAUGCUCGAUGGAAUGGGGGAAUCAUUGGGCAGGGCGGACCAACGAAUGAUCAAUUCACGGAUCUUUGGCGGCAGCUUGCAACCAAGUACGGGAACACUUCAAACAUUAUAUUCGGCUUAAUGAAUGAACCUCAUGAUGUUGAUAUCACCCAGUGGGCGAGCACUGUUCAGGCGGCUGUCACAGCAAUUCGAAAAGCAGGAGCAACAACUCAAAUAAUUCUCCUCCCAGGAAACGACUAUACCUCUGCUGGGGCUUUUGUCCCUAACGGCUCGGCAGCAGCACUAGCUAAAGUAACCAACUUGGAUGGGAGCACAACGAAUCUCGUCUUCGACGUGCACCAGUACCUCGAUUCUGAUAAAUCCGGCACUAAUGCAGAAUGCGUGACAAACAACACCGCAGAUGCAUUCACACCUCUCGCGACAUGGUUACGGGCCAACAAUCGGCAAGCACUGAACACAGAAACCGGUGGAGGAAAUGUGGCUUCAUGUGAAAAGUAUCUGUGUGAACAGCUUGAUUAUCUCAAUGCGAACUCUGAUGUCUACCUCGGAUACCUUGGAUGGGCAGCUGGAUCCUUUAGUACCUCAUACGUCUUGAGCGAAGUCCCAACCGGAAAUGACACUAGCAUGAAGGACACUGCACUUGUGAAGGCCUGUAUUGCAAGAUAG